CGAUUCCGUCCGGUGGGGGAACUUUAGCCUGAAAAUCCUUCACUUGCCAUCAGUUCUCUUAUCACCAGCCAGUUGUUAACAGGCUGAAAUUUUCAUUCAAGUGAUCCAGGUGAAAAAGUGAAAAUUUUCAGAGGCCAUCCAUAGCCAAUAGUGGGAGCUCAUCGUCUGUGCGUGUGUGCUGCAAACUUUUUGCUGUUCAGCUGUGUGAGUGGAAGCAACACUUGGUUCUCUGGCUCUCUUGCAGAGCGACCAAACGGCGUGGAGCGAGUGUUUACCUUGGUGACAGCGUGAUAAGAUAACCCAGUAGUGCCAUCCAAAACAACACCUCCACUCACCACCACCACCACCACCACCACCACAACCACUACCUCUUCUUUCCCCAAUUUCCCGAGACAUUCGUUCGCAGGAAAAGCUACUAAGAUUGCAACAGCAAUAGAAAUCACAGCUAUGCCUGAAGUGCUGCCACUUUCCGGCAUGGCUGAUGCCGAGCCGGAUCUGUCGACGUUCGAGAACAAGUCCGGUCUGGCGGAAGAUAUGAAAUUUCUCGCUUCAAUGCCGGAACUGUGCGACGUGACGUUCCUGGUGGGAGAAACCCGGGAGCCGGUGUGUGCGGUGAAGGCCGUUCUCGCGGCUCGAUCCCGUGUCUUCCAAAAGAUGCUCUACCAGGCACCUUCGCCCCAGCGGAAGAAGGAACCUCCGCCGAGGGAGAACAAGUUGCGAUUGUUUUUGAAGCGCUCAUCGGAACCGCUGCUAAACUUACAGAAUGCUGCCCAACAGCCUCCCGGUCAGCAACAUCAGACACUCAUCAUCGAGGAGUUCGAACCGGACGUAUUCCGACAGCUGAUCGAGUACAUUCACACCGGUUGCGUAACACUGCAGCCUCGCACCCUGCUGGGAGUGAUGAAUGCAGCCGAUUACUACGGACUGGAAGAGCUACGUCGCGCCUGUGGAGGUUUCGUACAGUGCUGUAUCAACGUGGACACCGUUUGCGCUCUAUUGGCAUCGGCCGAACGGUACAUCCAGUACAAAUGUACCAAAAGUUUGGUCCAGAAGGUAUUGGAGUUUGUUGACGAACAUGGUAAUGAGGUGCUGAACCUGGGCAGCUUCACGCUGUUGCCACAGCAUGUGGUGCGUUUGAUUCUGGCCCGAGAGGAGCUGCGUGCGGAUGAAUUUACCAAAUUUCAAGCUGCACUAAUGUGGAGCAAGAAAUAUUGCGACUCAAAUCAAAACACACCACUCAAAGAGGUGAUUGGAAACUUUCUGGAGUACAUUCAGUUCCACAAGAUUCCAGCGAAUGUGCUGAUGAGAGAGGUUCAUCCCCUUGGGUUGGUUCCGUAUUCGAUCAUCAUGAAUGCGUUGGCCUUUCAGGCAGACCCAACAAGUGUGGACCCCGGAAAGCUCUCCCCCAACUCCAGUCGAGUAAGGAGGUCUAAGUCCCACCAUUCAAAAUCUCUCCCCAAGAUACGCAAGGCCAAGUCCCAGAGUUUCCGUACCCGUCGCAGUCCAUCGGAGCGCAAGAGUCACGGGUCGUCUUCACCGUGGAACUUUAAUGUCGACCAGCGCAAAAGUCCCGUAAAUGUCCUUCAGCAACAGAUUCAGCAACAUGUGCCCAAGUCUCCAGGCAGCACAUCGGCUCACCUCGAGCACCGAAGUUCGAUAACCUCGCAGAAAAGUCCCGCUUUGUCAAGGCAGGGUACGUUGCGCUCGUCGCACAGGAGAAAGAGCAGUUUGGGUGCAUCGUUGAACCUCGUCCAGGGUCGACGAAGUCCAAUCAGUAUGCUGAAUGAUCGUAGCCCCCAGGGCCGGAAGAGUCCCAAUCUUCUCAUCACUGAUCAAAUGUAUGCUCAAAGUUUCCAGGCUCACCUGGAUCGCAAAUCUCCAACAGCAAUGUCGUUCUCAGGCCGACGUAGUCCUUCCGGUUUGCGAAGCCCAUCAGGGUUACGCAGCCCGUCUGGUUUCCGCAGUCCAUCCGGACUCCGUAGUCCCUCGGGAAUGUGCAGCCCGUCCGGACGCCGCAGUCCGCUAGGUUUCAAUCUACAAUCUGAAUAUUCUAACAUGCUGCAGAGUCAUAUGGAGCGCUUCAGUCCGAACUCACUCAGCAGUCAUUCUGCUCAGGAUCGACGAAGCCCCACCACUCAUAUACCACCGGAGCGCAGCCGUAGUCCAAUCGGUGGUCACUCCCGUUACGGUGGAAGCUUCUACGGGGAUCGGUCGGCACGUACCAGUCCAACAACUCUCGCCAGUAUUCCCCCGAUAACUAUCUCGAACCCCUCAGAAACGUACGAAAUCGUACAGAAGUCGAUUGAUUCUCUGCAAAAACAUAGUCCCCUGAAGCAGGAUGCUCCCGUUGCUCCUCCAUCCGGUGGUGCCACUACGCCAGGCUCGGUCUGCUCGAGCACAACCGCUCCAGAGAAGAAGGAGAAGACGAGCGUGAUGAAGGAAAUUCUGGCCUUUGUGCGGAAGCCCUCGAAGAAGGUCACCACGAGGACCAGCAAGUUCGCAGCGGCCUUCUCUCGAGCGGAUUCCAACACCGGAGCUCCACUUAUGAGACAGAGUACCUUCUCGAGCAUCCCGAAUACGUCAAGUUGCGCCGGUCGCAACGCCAUCACCAAACAGAUGUCGGAGAUAGGAUUCGAGCCGAUCAUGACCUCGCUCAAGCUGAAGGGAGUCGGAUCAAAAAUGUCGCUCAAAUCGCUGAGGAAGUUCAGCGGCGACAAGAAAGAUAAGAAAUCCAGCGGAGAUGAGAUCAGCGAUAUCGAGAGCAGCGAUGGGGGAAAGUUGGAAAGUGCAACCUCACAGGAAGUGCCAUUCGAACUGGAGAACGUUCGAUUCGAGAAGGUUGGCGAUUCGUACAUCAAACACGAUCAGAUCAAGGAAGAGGAAAGUCCCCGAGGUUCGCAGGAUAGUGGAGAGGUCGAAGAAGGUAGGUUGAAGAUUAUACCGGUGAGUGAGAUUAAGAAAUCACUCGAGGCACUGUUCACUCGGCAAGAGCCAAUCGAUGAGGCAGCGGAGGAUCUCCGGAAGGAUUCGGAGACAAUGCAGUGUCCAACGUUCGAGAUUGAACCACCAUCAAGGAGAGCGUCAUUCGAUCCUCCGCGUUCGCCGUUUCUAGAAAAUCUCAGAAGUUUGAGUGAUACAGAUCACGAAGGAACUCACCACAGCCGGUUGGACUCUGGCGGGGAUAGCUUCGAACUAAUCGACACUACCGAUCGACGAGGGGAAAGCAGUGUCAGUGAUCGACAUUCGUCGAUGGACACAAGCUUCGACAUCAGUAGAUAUCAAUCGACCAGUUACGAGGAUCAGAACUCAAGUUUUGAGCUCAUUGAACUGGAUAACUCACAAAGAACGUCAGCCAAAGAUGAUAAAAUUUCGCCGUUCGAUAUCAGAAAAUCCUCGAUUGAACUAGUUGAUCCAGAGACGUUCCAGCGAUCUUACCCGGAGGGUAGAAAGUCCUCUCUGGAGACUCAUUUCGAUCUGGCCGAAGGCUAUCAAGUGACAAGCCCUAGAAGUGGAUACACAGUCAUCCCGAAAGCGCGAAAACAGAUCUCCGAACCUGGUCGCAACCGAGAUCAUCAUCAUGCCAAGCUGGGUAUGAAGACCCACUACUCCGCUCCACACCGUGCCAAAUCUCCACUGUCGAACCAAACGUCAUCGAACUAUAGUUCCCGGGAUAGUUACGAUUCGAUCUUCGAAUCAAUGCCCCACUACGAGGUGCGCAGUCCGUUCUCGGAUCGAGAAACAUCCAAGCAGCACUUUCCGCUGCCCCGUAAGUUCUCCAACGAAUCCUCCUCGCGCUUCCUCUGUACCGAUAAACGUUGUGCCUCAAUCUUCGAACCCCGCCCAGCCCGUCUUUCCAACACCCAUCUGGACACCUCGAGUGGGAGUGAAUUCGAGCCUCCCUCGCCGAGGAGAGCUGCCAGUGCUUCACCCAAGCACACCUUCACCUUCCGGAUAGUGCUGAAGAAAGUUGACAGCUCGCCGGAUGCCAUCUGCCCGUCGGCGGAAAGACGCAACCGGGAGAAGGUGGACAAACACAAGCGACGUGACAGCCGCCGCAAGAAGCUGCUCGAAAUAGGCAAGAGCUUCUAGAAUGGGAAGUCUGUUCACGUGAUUGUAGAACAAGGACCGGCAAAGCAGGUUUUCAUUUGCUUGAACCAGUUUAAGGACAGUUACAUAUUUAUAUUUACAGUGCCAAGUCAUUUCAGUGUGUGAACGGAAAUAUUUCAGAGUGUUAUUUGAUUUUACCAACGGUAAAUAUAAUUACUGCGGGUGAACUCGAAAAGAAGACAAUUAAAUGUAAUCAGAGUAUUGAUAUUGGUCGAUCAUGUUUUUAAUUCAGUAUCAGCUCACCCCAAUAUAUGAGUAUGAUUCAGUAUUCUUUAAAAGUUUUAGCAGAUAAUUCUUCGAAUCAUGGUGAAACUUUCCCUCCGAUAAAUAUGCUAACCAUUGUCGUUAUUGUAUCUUAUUAUAGACAUCCGAUUUCGUAAAUCGAUCCCAGUUGACAAGUUGUUUGAAGUGUUAUUCCUAACAAAAUUAUGCCACUUUUUUCCAAUGAUAUUCACAAUUUUAUGAGAGAUCAAAUCCCAGUAUUAGAAAACGGAAUCCUCUUUUCAUAAAUAAAAACCACUAAGUCAAACAGUUUAAAACAAAUAUCAAAGCACACAUACUCGAAACACAAAGCAGAAAACUUUACUAAACAAAAUCAUAAAGUGUUCAAACCAACUGACUACCGUUAAGCAAAGAACAGAAAGAAAUUUAUAUAUCAACUCGUCGAAUGAAUCGUCAUAUAUUGUUAACCUUGAAUCAUUGAUCUUUAAUUUUACCACGAGUUAGCAAUUCAAAGCAACCGAACAGAAUGUGAAUGCGUCUUUAUGUGAUUUCAAUAUGAACUGUCUCCGAAGAGUUUUAAACUUCCCGUUAAAUAGUGUACCAGUCAUUGAAUUUUUGAGAUUGUAGUUGUGACAUUGUGAGAUUGUGACGGAAAAAAGGACAUUGACAAAUUCUAAAAUUUGUGUUUAGGCGUUUUUAUUGCUAUCUGUUUCCCAAACCUGUCAGCAACGAAUCCUAGAAACAUACACUCACGAGUUUCGCGUUUCAUAGACCAUCAAAAGAUGAAGAUUAAACUAAAGUAUUAUACAGUCCGGGAAGCAAUCCUUCCCGUUGAAAAAAACAAACGCUGGACAAUGGGGCCGUACCGUAAUAGUUAGUUAAAAACGCGCUUCGUAGAAAUCGUGCAAAGCACAACGAAUCACAACUUGCGCAGCAACUGAUUGUUUGUUCCUUCAGUGUCUAUCACUAUCCCCAAACUAUCCUUGGAUUGCAAAAUCACCUUCCCUUCGAUUGGAUCGUCAUGUGCCAACAACACUCAAAACGUAACUAAAUCGGUGUUAAAUUAUUGCUAAAUGAUAGUCACGAGCUGAUAAAGUCUCGAAUCAAUGUCCUUUCCCGAUAAAACAAAUACAUACAAAGCUAAGGGUGCUCAUACACUGUUUGACCGAAGCCAAAUAUUUGACUCUUUUUGACAGAUAAAUUUUGUCCAACGUGUACUGAUCAAAUAUAUUCUACACAAAACACGACAAGCAAAUAUUCAGUUAUUGGAUGCCUAAAAUAUUUUUUCAGUCUGUUCUUCGAACCUGUCGGUAUAUGGUUAGGUUACCUUGAAUAUUUCAGUUGAUUUUUUCCAUGUUCGGUGUUUGAUAUUGUUUACUACUGUUGAAAAUUGAAGAGUGGCAAACAAAAUAGUGUUUGUACAAAUAUCAAAUCAAACCUUAUCUGUCAAAAAAUAUCAAAUAUUUGACCUCCGGGCAAACAGUGUACGGCCACCUUAAGACAAAUUAUUAAUAUACAUCAAAAAGAUAUUCCCUCAAGUGAAAACAAAAAAUCAACAAAUCUUAUAGUAACAAAAGAAAGAAAAAAAAAUAUAUUCUCGUUGACCGGAUUAACCGUAUUUACACAACUCGAGAUCUAAAAAACAAAUACAUCAUGAACUUGUUGCUGAUGCUAAUAUUGAUAAUUAUUCCCGAAAGUGACAUUAAACGGAGAGAUUCUGCACUUGGAGAGAGAGACAAACAGAAAUAUUAUAACUAAUUACAGAAUUAAACUUUAUUAUUCACACACACACACACAUCCAUUAUUCGGUGUAUGUUGAUUGAAAAAAAAAAAAA